AUGCCCGUCCCGACGUCGACGCACCGCCCGCCGCCGAGGCCCAUACUGAAGGCGUCGCAUUCCGCGGGCCCGCCCAGCACGCACUCGCACCUCCAGCCGCCGCACGAACGCGCCUUCCCCACGUCGUCCAGCGGGCCCCCGACCCCCUCGCGCGGCGUCCAUUUCCCGCCCUCCCCGCGACUCACGCGCACGUUCUCCGCGCACCCGCCCUCGGACUACGACCGCUCGCCCAUCGUCGUCGCCCCCAACACCUGCGCGCUCCCCGAGCGCUUCGGGCGCGUCUACACGGGCGAGGAGGAUAAGGCCACGGCAAGGAGCGCCAGGAGUCCGCGCGUGGAGAACAGGGGUAACGGCUACGGCUUCCCCACCCACCCCCAAUACGGCUACGCGCCCUGCCCGCCGUUGACGCCCGACGCGUCGUCCGAGUCCGACGAUAGCGACGCGUGCGCGAGCCCGCCGCCCGACCUCGUCGUAGCUGGCGCGCAUUCGCUGCCCUCACUGUCAGGGGCUCACACGGUGUCCGGUCCCAGGCGUAAUGCUGGCGCAUAUACCUCGCGAAAUGCGUAUCCCACGCCCGACGCUGUUCCCAUCUCCGGCGCCCACUCCAUCCCUUCGCUCGCCUUCCUCCCACAUGCGCCCAAAAGCGCUCGCCACGGACCCGCGAGCUCGGAGUCCGAGGACGAAGACGACGAAGAGGGUGGCCGUGCGCCGACGCCGACGCCAAGAUCGUGCAACGGCGCGAGGAUUCCCAGGAGCGGUUCGUCCGGAACGAUCAAGGCGCCGAGAAGAGCUACACCGUCUGCGUCAGGGACGAUCGGAGCUUCGUCGACUACCAGGACCGAUUCAUCGAAUACCAGGACCGUUACAUCGACUGCCAGGACCGAUUCAUCGAAUACCAGGACCGAUUCACCGCAUACGAUCACCCCACGGAAAGCGGGCUCCUCCAGCGCGCCCAAUUCUCCGCGCCGCCGGCGGAAGCCCGUAUCUACAUCGAGCUUCAGUAUGGCGGAGGAGGACUGUCUUGGCGGGUUCUGA